AUGAAAGACCGUGAGCGGGGGGAAAAGGAGCAGCAGCUGUCAGCGGCAGAGAAGAGACUGAAACUGGCUGCAGAAGAAACGCAGAACUACAGGCACCAAAUUGAUCAAAUGCGACAACAAGUGCAGCAAGCAGAGUUCACCUUCAGACACCAGAUGGCUGUGUAUGAGAAGAAUGCUCACGACAAUUGGAUCAAGGCUCGGAUUUGGGAGAGGGAGAUAGCAGAGCAGAGCAGGGAAGCCGCCCACUUGAAACACAGAUUGGAGAUAAUGUCCAAAAAGAGGCUGCCCGAGGGAUACAGCCUGCACAAACCAACGUCGGGAAGACCUGGGAUGCAGAACCCUCCACAGAGAGAUCCGGGACCUGGUGCUGCGGCUGUGAGGAGCAGCAGCUCCGGGGGCAAGGUAAGUGCUGUGGUCAUUUUCAGUCGUAACCGUCUCUGGAAACGUUGA